UUUCUUUUUAUAAGGUAUUGUUAGUUUCUGUCUGUGAUUUUACGAUCUGCUCACUUUCUGCCCGCUUUACCAACCACGGGGAGAAGGCGACUGGGAAGGAGGUUACUCUUUUUGUGCUAAACGCCUCUUUCGAAGUCUACGUUUGCAGCGACGAGCAAUAAAGCGAACGGAACCCCUGGCUUUGUGCCUCUGCGGCGAACCGCCCAUCUCCUUCCGCGUCCAGAGAAUUCGCCUUCUUCCGCUGAACUACGUUUCCCAGCGGCCCGCGCAGCCGAGCGCGGGCUCGACCCGCCCUUCCUUCCUCCUUGCCUAUCACCCGGUCGCAGCGUGAUGAUGCAAACUCGUCGGGCGCUGACGAGUGACGACCUUCUGGCUCACGACUGCAGCGGCGGCCUUAGCAGCGGCAAUAGACGCAACAGCGGCGACUGCAGGGACGACGACGACGGCUGGGCGGGCGCUGUGCGCAAAGGGGAGGGGUAGGCGGGCGGCGCCGGCGGCUUCAACUGCGGCAGCUACGGCUAGGGCGACGGAAGAAGAAUCCCCAUCAGCCGGCGGUCGAGUUAGGCCUAAGCAGCGCCUGGAGCCGCUCGCACUGUCCUCUGCGGGGGAAUCUCCAUAGAGACGGUGACAUACACAGAGGCGGGGGUCCGCGGGAGGCUGCCGGACCGGAGCCAGCUCCUCGGCCUCUGUCGCCGCCACCCCCUUCCCUGCCGCCAGCGCGCGUUCUCUCUCCGCUCCUGCUCGCAGCCCCGCGAUUCCCGGUGUGCCUGUGCCCCGCUGUGUGGGCAGCGCGUGCGUACUUUUGGGCUGGGGCCGGGCGGGGGGGGCUCUAAGGCCGUCUCUGCCUCUCCCGCCCCGGAGGGGGAAGCCGCGGAGGCUCACGCCAUGGCCUCGGGAGCUGGAGGCAUAGGAGGGGGCGGUGGCGGCAAGAUCCGGACUCGGCGUUGCCACCAGGGGCCAAUUAAACCUUACCAGCAGGGGCGACAACAGCACCAGGGCAUUCUCAGCAGGGUUACAGAAUCUGUUAAGAAUAUUGUGCCAGGAUGGCUACAGAGAUACUUCCACAAGAAUGAAGAUGUAUGUAGCUGUUCAACAGACACAAGAGAGGUGGCACAGUGGCCGGAAAAUAGGGAAGAUGACCAUAUAGUAUAUGCUGGUGAGGAGAACCCUAACAUUCAUGAUGGGAGACUCACUCCUGAGCCAACAGUCAGUAAUACAGAAGAACCCUCAACAACUAGUACUGCUUCAAAUUAUCCAGAUGUAUUAACAAGGCCUUCUCUCCACCGGAGCCACCUGAAUUUCUCCAUGUUGGAAUCUCCUGCAUUGCACUGUCAGCCCUCCACAUCUUCGGCAUUCCCAAUUGGCAGUUCUGGAUUUUCCCUCGUAAAGGAAAUUAAAGAUUCUACCUCUCAGCAUGAUGAUGAUAACAUCUCAACCACCAGUGGUUUUUCUUCAAGAGCUUCUGACAAAGAUAUAGCUGUUUCAAAGAACACUUCAGUGCCACCUCUGUGGUCCCCAGAGGCUGAACGCUCUCAUUCACUCUCACAGCACACUGCCACCAGCUCAAGAAAACCAGCAUUCAAUUUGUCUGUCUUUGGAACACUUUCUCCUUCACUUGGGCAUUCUUCAGCUCUUAAAACAAGUCAGCUUGGAGAUUCUCCUUUUUACCCUGGAAAAACGACAUAUGGUGGGGCAGCAGCUGCUGUAAGACAGUCUAAACUACAAAACACACCCUAUCAGGCACCAGUCAGAAGACAGAUGAAAGCUAAGCAGCUGAACACACAAUCCUAUGGUGUGACUAGUUCAACAGCUCGGAGGAUAUUGCAGUCUUUAGAGAAGAUGUCAAGCCCUCUAGUGGAUGCAAAAAGAAUUCCAUCUGUUUUUUCUUCUCCUCUGAAUUCUCCUCUUGAUAGGAGUGGGAUAGAUACCACCACAGAUUUUCAGGCCAGAAGGGAAAAGGUGGACUCUCAACACCCGCCUGUUCAGAGACUCAUGACCCCGAAGCCAGUUUCCAUAGCAGCAAAUCGAACUGUUUAUUUUAAACCAUCUCUGACCCCAUCUGGUGAAUUAAGGAAGACUAAUCAAAGAAUAGAUAAAAAGCACAGUACUGGAUAUGAAAAAAAUGUGACACCAGGACAAAAUAGAGAACAACGAGAAAGCGGCUUUUCUUACCCAGAUUUCAGUGUGUCUGCAGCCAAUGGUUUGUCUUCUGGAGUAGGUGGUGGAGGUGGGAAGAUGAGGCGAGAGAGGACGCGCUUUGUGGCAUCUGAACCUCGAGAGGAGGAGGAAAUGGAAGUCCCAGUAUUACCGAAAAUCUCUCUACCCAUCACCAGUUCUUCACUGCCUACCUUCAGUUUUAGUUCUUCUGUGAUCACAGCUUCCUCUCCAUCACCCACUAGUCCUUCACAAUCAUUAACAAACCAGGUACAAAUGACCUCUCCAAACAGCACUGGCAGCCCCUUGUUUAGAUUUUCAUCUCCAAUUGUAAAAUCUACUGAGGCAGAUGUACUACCUCCGUCAUCUAUUGGAUUUACAUUUAGUGUGCCCGUGGCGAAGACAGCAGAACGUUGUGGCCCUAGUAGUGACUCAGAGCCACUUACAAGGAGUUCAGCUCAAGAUAUCACUGCAGUGAACAGUCCAAGCUGUAAGAAGAAACCAGAUGAAGAUUGCAAGGGCCCUUUCAAACCUGCAAAAACCCUGAAGGAAGGAAGUGUCCUAGAUGUUCUGAAGAACCCUGGUUUCACAUCACCAAAGGCAGAUUCUCUUGCUGCUCAACCUACCACCACGAGCCUGGUAGUUUAUUCAAGACCAGCAAUAAGUAGCUUUUCUUCUAGUGGAAUUGGGUUUGGGGAGAGUUUAAAAGCUGGGUCAUCGUGGCACUGUGAUACCUGUCUACUCCCGAACAAAGUUACAGACAGCAAAUGCGUAGCCUGUCAAGCAGCAAAACUGCCACCAAAAGAUACUGCUAAGCAGACGGGAACUGGGGCACCAAGUAAAGGUGGCAAAGCAGCUGUUUCUGCGCCAGAGACAGGCUUUGGAGACAGAUUUAAACCAGCAGUAGGAACCUGGGAUUGCGAUACCUGUUUAGUGCAAAAUAAACCUGAAGCGAUAAAAUGUGUAGCUUGUGAAACACCGAAACCGGGAACUGGUGUAAAGCGAGUCCUUACGUUGCCGGUGGCUUCAGAAAGCGCUGUUACUGUGGCUGCCUCCUCCUCCAGCUGCACUGUGACCACUGGUGCCUUAGGAUUUACAGAUAAAUUCAAAAGGCCCGUGGGAUCUUGGGAGUGUCCAGUGUGCUGUGUUUCUAAUAAUGCAGAAGACAAUAAAUGUGUGUCCUGUAUGUCUCAGAAACCAGGAAGUUCAGUACCUGCUUCAAGUAGCAGCACUGUCUCUGUCUCUCUGUUGUCUGGAGGCUGCCUAGGAUUGGACAAGUUCAAGAAACCUGAGGGAAGCUGGGACUGUGAAGUGUGCCUAGUGGAGAAUAAAGCAGAUUCUACCAAAUGCGUAGCGUGUGAGAGUGCAAAGCCAGGCACAAAGUCUGAGUUUACAGGCUUCAGCCCAUCCUCCUCAACUUCGAACCCAGCAGCCUCGUCCUUCAAAUUUGGUAUCCCAUCGUCCUCUUCUGGGCCUUCUCAGACUUCAACAAACGCUGGAAAUUUUAAAUUUGGAGAUCAAGGAGGCUUCAAAAUAGGUGUGUCAUUAGAUUCUGGGUCUGUAACCCCUUUGAGUGAAGGCUUUAAAUUUUCUAAACCAGUAGGAGAUUUUAAAUUUGGAGUUUCAUCUGAUUCUAAACCUGAAGAAGUUAAAAAAGAUAGUAAAAAUGAUAAUAAUUUUAAGUCUGGACUUGCUUCUGGUUUAAGCAACCCGCCUUCUUUAGCUCCAUUUCAGUUUGGGGUGUCUAGUCUUGGGCAGCACGAAAAGAAAGAAGAACCGCCUAAAGCUUCACCUGCGGGCUUUAGCUUCGGUUCAGGUGUCAUUAACCCUCCCCCUGCUGCUGCUGACACCACAGCGACCUCUGAGAGCCAGAGCAGCUUCAGUUUUGGAACCACGGACACCAAGAGCGCCUCAGUGGCUCCUUUCACGUGUCAGACGUCAGAAGCAAAAAAAGAAGAAUCCCCUGCCUCCAAAGGAGGGUUCCCUUUUGGCAGCGCGGACCCUGCCCCCCUGCCACCUGCCUCGUUUGUUCUGGGAAGGACAGAAGAGAAACAGCAAGAGCCUGUCACGUCUACAUCUCUAGUGUUUGGGAAAAAAGCCGACAGUGAAGAGCCAAAGUGUCCACCAGUGUUUUCCUUUGGGAACUCAGAGCAAACCAAAGAUGAGGGGUCUUCCAAGUCGACCUUUAGCUUCAGUUUGGCAAAACCACCUGAGAAGGAAUCUGAACAGCCAACGAAGGCCACUUUUGCUUUUGGAGCUCAAACCAGUACUACGGCUGAUCAAGGUACAGCAAAGCCAGUUUUUAGUUUCUUGAACAACAGUUCCUCUAAUUCAAGCACACCAGCCACUUCAGCUGGUGGUGGCAUAUGUGGUAGUUCCACCUCGUCCUCCAGCGCGCCUGCGGCGGCCUUUGUGUUUGGACAGGCCAGCAGUCCUGUGAGCAGCUCUGCCUUUGGGAACCCUGCCGAACCCGGUACAUCUCAGUCUUUGCUGUUUUCUCGAGAGAGCAAACCAGCAACCACGUCGAGCGCGGGCACAGCCGUUGCCCCGUUUGUCUUUGGUCCGGGUGCCAGCAGCAGCGACACUGCCGCCUCUGGUUUCAGCUUUGGAGCUCCCACCACAUCGAGCUCUGCAGGACCCUCCUUUGUGUUUGGCACUGGACCUCCGGCACCAUCUGUCAGUCCAGCGUUCGGUGCUAACCAGACCCCAACGUUUGGACAGAGUCAGGGGGCCAGCCAGCCUCAGCCCCCAGGCUUUGGCUCUGUAUCGUCUUCAGCAGCACUGUUCUCUGCCGGUGCCCAGCCUGCGCCACCCACUUUUGGGACAGUGUCAAGCAGUAGCCAGCCUCCCGUGUUUGGACAGCAGCCUGGUCAGUCUGCAUUUGGCUCUGGGACAGCUCCUAAUUCCAGUUCUGUUUUCCAGUUUGGCAGCAGCGCUACAAAUUUCAACUUCACAAACAAUAAUCCAUCAGGAGUGUUCACGUUCGGUGCAAGUGCCAGCACACCUGCAGCCUCAGCCCAGCCCUCUGGCUCGGGGGGCUUUCAAUUUAGCCAGUCUCCAGCGGCAUUUACUGUGGGGUCAAAUGGGAAAAACUCAUUCUCUUCUUCUGGAACUUCAGUUUCUGGUCGCAAGAUAAAGACUGCUGUUAGACGCAGGAAAUAAAGGUCUUGAUGGUGUUAUACACACUGUUUUAACAGCAGCUGGUGCCCUACUUUCAGAUUCUGGUUUGUACUAUGUGCUGGGUUAUCUGAAGUCAGAUCUUUAAUUUUGGAAUUUUCCUCCUUUUUUCUUUACAGAAGCCCCAACUUCACCUCUCCCACUCCCUUUAAAAAAAAUAAUAGCUAGACUGGUGACUGAUUCUUCAGCAAAAAUGUUUUAUGAUCCGGCAAAUUAUUCACUGGUUUGGCAUAGGCUGGCUGAACCCAGGCAUCAAGCCCGCUCAAGAGAAUGGCUUUGUACACAACCUCUUUGUCUGCACCACCAUGUGCGUUGCUAUGCGUUUUAUGGAACGCAAUGAAAUUGUAAUUAUAUCUGAGGAGUUCUGUAUAGAUUAGAGAAUGUUGAAAUGAAUGGUUUCUAUGCCGAGUUCGUGCUGGUGUAUGUGUGAAGUGAGUGAGUUGGGUGUAUUGUGCACUAAACUUUUCUGAUAGAGGAAGCCUGAUUAAAGAAUGGUCCAUGCUAAGGACUUGUUAGAUCUAGUUCAUUCUCCAUUUAAUAAUUAUAUGCUAUUUCUAUAUUGGCAUUCUUCUGACUAUCACCUGUCUUGCCUUUUUCAUUAUUUUAUUAUGAAACUUGUGUAAAUACAGUUUUGUUUCUGUACUUUUUUGGCAUAACACGAAUCUGUGAACUUGAAAUUUUAAUUUUGUGUUAGAAAGGUUUUUUUGUUGUUUAGUCUUGUCUCAGAUUUUAUUAUGUAAAUCCCAUUAUUCAAAGUUGCCUAAAUCCAUUUGGAAAUCUUUAAAAAAAAAAAUUGGGGAUUCUUAAAGUGAGUUUAUUGGCUUUUCUGAUCCAGUUUUUGUUUGGACCAAAAACCAGUAUUGUACAAAGUAUUAAGCAUAUAUUUUUAUAUUUACUGAAAUGGACUGUGGUGACUUUGGAUAAUAAGGAAAAGUUUAAUAUUAAAGCCAUGUUUAUUACAGUAUAAUUAACAUGUUAAACCAUGGGAUAAAUGCCAUCAAUAAAAAACUAUGAAAUACGUUUUGUUCUAGUGUUAAAUCCUAGUGAAGGUAUGAGUGUUAGUGGAAGGGAACCUUUUUAUGAAGGUUAACAGUGGUCAGUUAGAAGGAAAAUUCUGAAGAACACAUUGAAGUGAUUUGGACAACUCCUCAGUGAAGGGGAAGCGUCUGAAGGUAACCCUGCUUUAUGUCUGGUGCUAUAGGAAUCACACCUACUUUGCAUAUAAAUUGACAUACCUUUUUAAAAGUUGAAACUAAACACAACGCAGCCAUUUCUGUUCGUACUUGUAUCUUCCUUGAUAGGUGACUAGACAAUGUUUUAUUGAUAGAGUUCUUGGAGAUGCAUGCCCAAAAUAGCCCACAAAAACUUCAGUAGUCAUUUUGUGGAAUUUUUUGGAUUAUUUUAACAAUUUUUUUAAACUAGCUUUCUUUCCUGUGGCCCAUAAAAGUGCUCUGGGGACAGCGUUUGAUAAUUGUAUUCUUGACUUUGUACAUACGAUUAUUCUGUGGCGACUUAUUUUGCUGAACUUGUGGUUAAAUUCAGUACUUUAAAAUGUUUAAGAGCUUUUCUGUGUUUCCAGUGACAUGGUUUCUCUUACUGAAAAUGUCUUAGCCCAUCAUCAAAUGCUGGUUUCGGAGUAGGAAUUUUGUAUUUAUAAUUCUCACCUUAUUAAACAGUACACAUUUGACAUGAACCUCUUUGGGGGCAGAUGAUGGUGAAUGCUAAAAGAAGUAAACUGGAAACCUGUGGGGUGUUGAUGCUGAGAACCUGAUGCCUAACUAAACUGCAUGUUCGUUCACUCUUAGCCAUUCUUUAGGUCGAUAUGGAUGGGACUAUUAGGCUUUCUAUUCUGGGAAAGAUUUUUCAUUAAAAAUGUGCUGGAAAUAUUUCACUUUAUUUAGUAAUUUUUUUUUUAAAGCAAGUAACUGAAAACCAAACUUAGGGUGGCUUAUCUUGUAAAUGAAAUCUCCUGGCCCCCAGAACUGAGAUCUCUAGGGCUAGAGUAUUUGGGACUUAGGUAGGACUUGUCUUUUCACCUCAACUGCUUUAACUCUCAGGCUGCACACGGCAGCUAUAGAAAACAUUCGUGGUAGCAGCUCCAUCCUCAAAUCAGUCCCUGCUUAAGCUCAGCAGAGGUAUCUCUUCGUCGGACUGGUGCAGGCUGUAGACCCACUCCCUGUGGCUGUAAUAGCAGCCUUGGGUUCCAUGCUCCAUACACAAAUGAAAGUCAAGCGCUGUUUGUGGAAGAAGGGGAAACGUUAUGGAAAGAAAACAAUAAAAGCCCACUUCUCGUGCUGGAUCAAUGAGGAAUUGUUUUUAACUGAAAAUAAUCUCUGAAGGUAAGAAAGGCAUAUGCAGAAAGAUGGAAUAAUCAGGUAUGUUUAUAUAAUUUGGUUGAUUUCCAAGAGGGUCCGUUGUUCUCAAUGUACAUCAACAUGCUUGGUGAGGUGGGCCAAAUAUAUAUCCUGGGACCUGCUCACCAGAGACUGAUGCAUCACUGGGUCCAGGUAGGGCCCAAAUCAUUACAUGAGCACCUGGAAGACUUCUGGUGCACGAGGUCCAGGCAGGCCACUCUCAAGUGGUGGGUUGUUUUUUCAGGAAUGUACAGUUU